UACUUUAAUAGUAGCAUGUAUAUAUGUUGUGUGCGCUUGCAGUAUAUUUUCUCAUUUCUUACCAGGAAAUUUCCAUCAUAGCUGACAUAGCUUUUCUUUUGUACACUUUCAUUUGUCUGUUUGCAGCGACCGGCAUCAUGCCUAGUAUAGAAAAAAUUAUAAAAAUAGAAUCAUCCAUAGAAUCGCAUAUGGAUCCUUUGCACACUCCUGAGCUCGUACCCAAACCCGAAGAAAUUGAUAUUUCUGAAGAUGAAGAUUUUGAAAAUGGUGACGAUGAUAACGAUUUUGAACCCGAUUCGGAACAAGACGAUAAUGAACCCUUAAUAAAAUUGAGAAAAAGGCAAAGACAACUCAUUAAUCGUCGUACAUUAAAAAAUGGUAAUUCGAAAAUUAAAAUACCUCGGCCGAUAACGUGUGGAGAUAUUUGCAAGCAAAAAUGUCGAGAAAAAUUCACCGAAACUCAACGAAAAUUAAUAUGUGAACAUUAUUGGAAUCUUAGUCCUGAUGAGCGCACAAUUUUCAUUAGAGAUCAUGUAAAAGCAAAAGUUUUCAUAAAACUAAAGAGAAAACGGAAAACAGAUCGAGGGAAUACUUCCGUUUAUUACCUGGGAGAUCCGACUUGGAUAAAUUCACCUCACCUGAGAGUUUGCAGAUCUUAUUUCGUAACCACUUUAUCUUUGACAUAUUACAUUUUAAAAAAGGCUUUAGACGGCUACGAAAUGCAGCCGGAACCUGAACUGGAGAAACCUUUGCAUCUUGAAACAAAAGAAGAUAGAAGGAAUAAUAAUCAAUACAUAAAAAAUAAAGAAAGAUUAAAUAAACCAUCUGAAGUUGAGCAUAUCUUAGACCCUGUAACCGGUAACUUAGUAAUCGAGAAGAAGGAUAAUAAGAAUAAAAGGAUGCGUGGCCAGCCAGAUAAACACUUGCCAAAGCCCAUAUCAUGUGUUGAACGCUGCCUUCAUAAAUGUCAUUUGAAAUUCACCGAAGAGCAGAGAAAACAAAUUUGUUCUUAUUUUUGGUCAAUGGACUACAAGCGGCGUAAAGAUUUCAUUCUCUCGCAUAUGGAGACCCGAGCAGUUCAAUCAGUUUUAACGGCCGAAUUUCGUAAAUCAAAUCGUUCUUCCCGCUCCCAUCAAACACGUUUUUACUUACGCACGGGCCUCAGUGGUGAAAAUCAGCGCGUUUGUCAAAAAUUUUUUACUGCCACACUCUGUAUUACCCGACGCGUAAUUGUUAAUGCUUUAGAAUUUGCUGAUCAAUCUACUGGUUAUUACAUGGGUACCGAUCGUCGAGGACAGAAUGCUAUAAGUGAUGAACGUAUACACGAAAUUAAGCAGCAUAUUGAAUCUUACCCUACCUGGACUCCCAAUAAAAGGAGCAAAAUACGUUACUUGCACAGUUCGUUGAGCAUUAAACGCCUAUACACCGACUACAAAACGAAAUGUUUAGCUGAGCAGAAAAAGUUCGUCUCACACAAUUUCUUUUAUAGUCUUUUUCAUAACGCUUUUCAGUUGGCCUUUUUAAGGCCUGUGGCACCUGCUAAUUCGAACGGCAAAACAAAGUUUACCAAAGGCUUUCUUAGUUUAAAUCCGAACAUUUCCAAUUUUACGGGAGAGGAACCAGGAGGGUAUUGGCGCAAUGUCAAGGGAGAGAUAUUAGAUAUUAACACGAUAAACACGCACAUGCAUAACUUUAAUACACUAUCGGAUACGAAUCCACCAAAUUCUACGAAUAAUUAAAGGAACGCAUAGUUAAGUUCUUAAAUUAUUAAAGAUUAUUAAAGGGAAGCUAUAUACAUAUUGAGCAAUAAUUGCUAAGAGUUUCGUCACUGUUUUAAAAGGCUUUCUCGGUUAUUCCAUCUUAUACUUUUUCGAUUAGUUCUUUCAGGGCGACUCUUUCCAAUCAUGAAAUGUUUAGUAAAAUGCUGUUAUGAUGUUGUUAUUCAUAUUCCCCCCACCAGAAGAUCAACUAAGACAGUAAAGUUUCUUUUUCUCGUACCUUCAGUAAAAUACAUAUAUAAUACUUUGUCUAAAUGCAGAGACUUUGCCUUAACUUCUACUUCGAUUUGAUAUUUUUGAAUGGCGGGUCCAUUGUCUAUAUGUUAUAUGUAUAUAUUCUUGGUAUAGAGUUUGAACUAGUCAUGUACCGGCUGCAAAAUUGGAAGUUCUUGCAAGCAGGUUGAUAUUAAAAAUGGGUCAAAGUGAUUAAAAGACACGUCCACAGCUAGGCGUAAACUAAAAAACCCCUCUGUCUCUCUAAACAAAAAUUGAUGGGUUUUUCCUCAUUACUUGCAAGUGAUGAAAGACGAUAUGG